GUGGAACCUCUUCAAAGUCUCAAGUUAUCUCAAGUGGCCAACGACACGAUGGCUCUGAGCCACCUCCGCCAGGCGCCGCUCGCGCUCCGCCUCGCGAGGCUCCCGCUCUUCGCCUCCCCCUACCUAGCCACCCGCCGCGUCCUCCCCUUCGCGCCGGUGCGGCCGUGGCGUCUCCUCUCGACUGCCGCGAAGCCGCGCUCGCUCGCCACUGUCGCCGCCGCCGAUGCUGACGAUGCCAACGCCAGCGCCGACGGGUUCUUCGCCGAGAACAGCACGUCGUGGAAGUCUCUCGGCAUCUCCGACCGUAUCAUUUCCGCCUUGCACGGUGCCGACCUCGCGAGGCCCUCGCUCGUCCAGGCAGCUUGUAUACCACAUGUUCUCACGACGAACGAUGUAAUUGUUGCGGCAGAGACUGGCAGUGGCAAAACUCAUGGUUACCUGAUUCCACUAAUUGAAAAACUGUGCUCCAAAUCUUCCUCCACAGAAGAUGUUGAUCCUCAGAACAUUGCCAUGGGGACACAUGACAUUGUGUUGGUUCUCUGUCCCAAUGUCAUGUUGUGUGAGCAAGUUGUUUCCAUGGCUAAUUCAUUGCUUGAUGUAUCUGGUGAACCACUUAAGCGUGCUGCUGCAGUUUGUGGGCCAAAGGGUUGGCCAGCUGUUCGCCCAGAUAUUCUUGUAGCCACUCCAGCAGCUCUUUUGAAUUAUCUAUUUGAUUAUGACCCAGAGAGGAGACGAAGGGAGAUAUUUUUACGUAGUGUAAAAUUCAUCGUAUUUGAUGAGGCAGACAUGCUACUCUGCGGAAGUUUUGAAAAUCAGGUCAUUCGUCUCAUCGACAUGCUGCGGUUUGAUGAGAAGCUACUUUCUAGGGCGCAAGAUUCUGAAAAAGAAGUACCGCUUGAAGGUUCUGAUGAAUAUCAUGAGGAUUCGGGCUCUGAGAGUGCUGAAUUUAGUGAUGUUGAUGAGGAAAAUGAAGGUGGUCAUAUUCAAGAUAGUGCAGUUGAGGUGGAGAAUGCUCAUGUAGAACGACGGAAGGAUUGGAGGAGAGUCAGAAAAAUCUAUAGACGCAGCAAGCAAUAUGUCUUUGUUGCUGCCACCCUUCCUCAGAGUGGAAAAAAGACUGCUGGUGGUGUGCUGAAACGUAUGUUUCCUAGUGCCGUGUGGGUUAGUGGUUCUUAUCUUCACCGUCACAACCCCAGAUUAGAGCGGAGAUGGAUAGAGGUUACUGGUGACACACAAGUUGAUGCUCUUCUAGAUGCAGUGAAGUAUGGCCUCAAGAGUGAAGUUGACCAACUGGGUCCAAAUCGAACUAUGGUGUUUGCAAACACUGUUGAUGCUGCUAAUUCGGUCUCUGACAUAUUGCGGCGGGUUGGCAUUCCAUGCAUUCUGUACCACCGUGAGAGCUCCCUUGAGGAGAGGACAAACAAUUUAAAAUCUUUCCGGGAAAAUGGUGGUGUGCUCGUUUGUACUGAUGCUGCUGCUCGUGGGCUUGAUGUGCCAAAUGUUUCUCAUGUUAUUCAGGCAGAGUUUGCUGCUUGCGCUGUGGACUUUUUGCACAGGGUGGGUCGCACAGCCAGAGCUGGCCAAUCUGGAAUAGUGACUAGCCUAUACACAGAUGCAAAUCGCGAUCUUGUGAGAGCAGUUCGUCAAGCAGAGCAGUUGGCCCAACCAGUGGAGAGAGCGUUCAGCAGAAAAAGAAGCUUUCGCAACAAGUUGAAGAAGCAAGCUCGGUUGGGUGAACCUGCAACGUUGCUGUCAUGAUCUUGUGACUCGUGACGAUCUUUGACGUGUAGUAACAGAGAGUUACUCGUCAUCUUCUCGAGCGGGUCUAGUUUUGCCAUGUUCUUCCCUGCUUUUGUUAGGAUCCAGAGAUGUACUCCAUAUUAUAUAGGACCAAAUAAUAUAUGAGUUUCUUCAAUUCUGUUUGUUCACAUGCAAUUCCAUUUUCUCUCCCUAUACCACACAGGUCUAAAGAUGAUAUGGCUUAGGUUUUGAACACAUCGGGAAGGAGUCAUCGGUAUUUGUGGCCACAUUUCUUAUGUUGGUGAAACGUGUAAAUCGGCACGGCGAAAAGAGAUGCUGGAUUGUCUCUUCGUCGCUGUAAAAACAACACUUGUUACUACUAGAGUAGUGUCAGAAUUGUAUGAUGCA